GGGCAUGUUUGUGUUUUUCCCAUUUCCAUAAUCAAAAAUCCAUUCCAACGUCGUCCUCAGUUUGCCUGAAUACAGUUAGUCCUCGGAGAGCAGGAGGUGACAGCAGCAGCAGGAGGAGCUGCUCAGCCAGGCAGCGUAGCAUGAGCAGCAGCAGGAGUAGCACCAGGAGCAGCAGGAGUAGCACCAGGAGCAGCAGGAGUAGCACCAGGAGCAGCAGUAGGAGGAGCUACAGUUACUCGGCCAGGCAGUGUAGCAGGAGCAGCAGGAGUAGCACCAGGAGCAACAGCAGGAGGAGCUGCUCAGCCAGGCAGCGUAGCAGGAGCAGCAGGAGUAGCACCAGGAGCAGCAGCAGGAGGAGCUACAGUUACUCAGCCAGGCAGCGUAGCAGGAGCAGCAGGAGUAGCACCAGGAGCAGCAGCAGGAGGAGCUACAGUUACUCAGCCAGGCAGCGUAGCAGGAGCAGCAGGAGUAGCACCAGGAGCAGCAGUAGGAGGAGCUACAGUUACUCGGCCAGGCAGUGUAGCAGGAGCAACAGCAGGAGGAGCUGCUCAGCCAGGCAGCGUAGCAGGAGCAGCAGGAGUAGCACCAGGAGCAGCAGCAGGAGGAGCUACAGUUACUCAGCCAGGCAGCGUAGCAGGAGCAGCAGGAGUAGCACCAGGAGCAGCAGCAGGAUGAGCUACAGUUACUCAGCCAGGCAGCGUAGCAGGAGCAGCAGGAGUAGCACCAGGAGCAGCAGUAGGAGGAGCUACAGUUACUCGGCCAGGCAGUGUAGCAGGAGCAACAGCAGGAGGAGCUGCUCAGCCAGGCAGCGUAGCAGGAGCAGCAGGAGUAGCACCAGGAGCAGCAGCAGGAGGAGCUACAGUUACUCAGCCAGGCAGCGUAGCAGGAGCAGCAGGAGUAGCACCAGGAGCAGCAGUAGGAGGAGCUACAGUUACUCGGCCAGGCAGUGUAGCAGGAGCAACAGCAGGAGGAGCUGCUCAGCCAGGCAGCGUAGCAGGAGCAGCAGGAGUAGCACCAGGAGCAGCAGCAGGAGGAGCUACAGUUACUCAGCCAGGCAGCGUAGCAGGAGCAGCAGGAGUAGCGCAGCAGCUUCAUUCAGAUGUUUUAAGUGAUGUAAAAACGUCACGUACGUCUGAUGUCUGGAGGAGAAUGUUGGAGGAAACUCCUGAAGUGACAAUCCAACUCAAGCAGGCUGUGUACGGCUACAUAUUCAGAUCCCAAGAUUAUUAAUGCAGAUUAUUAAUCUACAUAAACCGGUUUGUGAUUAUUUUUAAAUCAACUGAUCAGUUAGCUGAGCUGUCUGAUUAUUUUAUUGUAAAAUAAUUUCUUGAUUAAAGUAGAUUUAAAAUGGAGAGUUUGUGCCACCAAACUUCUCUCCCGUUUAUCUUCAUCAUAUUCAUACAGAAUAAUUCAGAUUAACAGAGUUUUUAGUGUAAUUUCAACUCGUAAGAACGUUCGUUUAGUUUCGGUACUUCAGCUUUUAUCAGAGUCGGAGAGUCGAGCUGCUGUCAUCUCUCUCUCUCACAUCGAGUAGCAAAUCAAAUCCUGCAUCUGAACGCUUCAUUACAUGUACUUCCUGGCGUUACAUUUGCGUGGACAUCCUCGUGCUCUAACAGUCUGGUGUUGGACAUCGUCUCUGCUGCUGCUGGGCUGACCCGGCUGAGGGAGCUGCUAGCUCCAGAGGCUUGACACUAACCUCCAGGUGCUUUCACUAACUCCGCCAGUGCUUCGCUCUGCUCCAUUUCACUCCUGUCAUCAUCUGUGCUCUGUUGGUGAUGUCUGCCUGCCUGAGCCACUCUGCUCCCCGUGCCUGCUCUCACCCUCAUCCAGUCGCAUGCCGGUCACCUGAUGUUCGUUUUAAUGCAGCAUGGUUUAUUUGUCCUCUGAGAGGUUGUUAGACAGGUCGGACUCACCACCUCUCCUCCUCCCUGGGACGCAGUUCCACCAGUCGACCAGCGGGUGGCGGCCUUCCUUCCUUCCCUCACCAAACCACAUCGCCCUGUUAUGUCCGACUACAUCUCCCAUCAGCCACCUGGGCUUACCUUUCAGCCUCAGCUGCAUCUCCAUAAAAUGUUUGUUCCAUGUAACCAGUUAUGUUUGUGAAUGUGACCACACAUGUAGCAGCAACACGUAUGGAAAGCCAAAUAGGCCAAAAAUGUAAGAAAAGGCCAAUUGGGAUGUUUGGCUGUGUGUGUUACGCGUAGUUUAUAACCGUUGAAUGAACCUUGAAUGUUUCCAUGGUGAUUGUUUUUAGUUCAGUUUGGCCGUCUUCGUGAGAGACGACGUGGUUUGAAUUGAUGCACUUUGCCUUGAUGUACAACAGGAUUGGAACCUGACUAAAUGAGCGAGUGAAUGAAUGAAUGAGUGAACUUUUUCUAUGACCACUAAUGUUCCGAUGAUUUUAUACUCUUUGUAACUCUCUUUUUAAAGUGAGGACGCUUUUAUUUGCAUGGUUUCUGGAUGAUUUAGACUCAUUUCUCUGGUGAUUGUUUUAUUUAUACGGAAACACUAAAUGUACAGAGUCCCGCCCCCAGAACAUGUAAGAUGUCUCCUCAGACCCCGUCUAACCAGCAGGGGACCCCGCUUUAGCCUCCGUUCCCUCCAUGAAGCUGUGAAAUGUGCAGAACGACGCUGUCGACGUUACUUGAACUUCCCGUCGCUCUUCAUGUGACAACUCCCGUGUGCGAUCAGUUUGCCGUAGGUGUCAAAAGGUCCAGUUGGAUGAUUUUAAAGGAAAUUUCUGCAAGUCUCUGCUGCUUUCCUGCAAAAACAUAACCGUAACUUAAGUAUUUUAAAUGAAUUUCUCAUUUUUAUGGUUAUUUUGAAGGUUCCCUCAGCAUGGAGUGGUUUCUGCUUCUUUUGGAGAACAAAGUGUUGAAAAUUGAAGAAACUAAUCAGUUCCUGCAGUUUAACCCCAGAUCUGUUGAUGGUUUUGUUUUUUAAUUGCCCAAAAACCACCUAACUGUCUGAACGAUGCUUAUUUUUACCCUUUUUACAAAUGUGAUGCAGUUACAACAUCCAAAGUCCUCUAAAGUUUGGAUAUGAUUAAACCCGCGGACGUCUUCCUGUCGGUGCUGCAGAGCGAACAAUCCAAAGAUAUUCAACAUUUGGAAGUGUUUACUUUUUUUUUUUUCUUUUUAGAAGAAAGCUGAAACAAAAUUUUCUUGCUUGGAUUAUUCCAGCAGAGUAAAAUUAAAGCCUCUGCUUAUAAAUUAUUACCCUUAAACUAUUUCUAACGGGAAACAAAUGUUCAUUUCUGAACUCCAGUAUUUAAUGACAUCAUUUCUUCUCCAUUUAAACGUUACUGAUAGUUUUUUCGGAGACGGUUCUAAAUCAGGAUUUCAUGCAAAAUGAUGAUUAAUCAGAAUUGCGGACAAACCAGCAGAUUAUUGUUGUAAAAACCUGGUGGGCACGAUGCUGCUGCUCCAUGUUCCUCCUGUUUUCUGCUAACAAAUCCUGUGAAAGUAGCUUUUUUUUUUUUUGCAGGACGUUUUUUAGUAAAUGUUUUCAGCGUCUCCCAAACUGAUGGCAGUACUGCUCCAUAUUGUUGUGCACACCCUUUUACUUUGAUUGUCGUCACUUUGAACAAAAUGCCUUUUUUUUUCUUGAAAAAUAUUGUUCUAAUAAAAUAAACAUUAAAACAA